CUAUCUCAGGCAUUAACAUGCAAAAAAAACAACAUAAGUCACGGAAAACCAAAUCAUGCCAAAAUAAGGAACCCGCAAACAGUUUGGGAAUUAGCGGUGAAUGAUGCGCUGGGCCCCUGCACGCCGAGCUAACCUAUCGAUGGGCAGAUGUUAGGCAGUGUUUGUGGGGACAACAAUGGAGAAGUUGUGUUUGUGGAGAGAUUGAGGAGUUUUGGGGCCAAAAAAAAAACUUGUAUCGCUUUUCCUCCUUGCGUGGAUGCGGUUUCGGGGAAUCGACAACAUUGGUUGCUGUUUGUCUUUCUUGUCGCGAGGCUGCGGCGCGGGGGGAAAAAAAGGACCACAACUCAAAAAAGGUGCCUGGAUGUGUACAAUGUCCGUGGGGUUAAAAUGUGUGCGUGAACUGUAACAAAGAAAGACAUGAACAAUGGCAGAAAGAGAGACGAAGAAGAACGCGGCCGUGUACCGCAGCGUCUCUUUCAAAAAGUUGGGGUCCUGGGGCGACAGCCGGAGCGAAGACCAGCAGCACGAAUCAGAGGGUUUGGAGGCGGUUGGCGUCGCCCUCCCCCCGGAGCCAGGCAAAGCGGAGCAGCCCUCGGCGACGCGUAAUGUCAGUGUGUCAAGGAAAGUUUCCAAAAUCUCUGCCACCGCCGGCCUCCCGACCGCAGACCCGAAGAGAGUCUCCUCCGCUCUCCUCUCCUCUAUUUCUCCAUCCAUCCGCCAACUUACUGAGAAGUUCAGCAGCAGCGGCGGCGGCAGCGGCUCCGCCAGGACGCGCAGAGCUUCGCCGGGAGACGGUGCGGCUGUGACGCGGGGGAGCAGCACUCUUCCCCGGGCUAGAGGCUCCAGGAGAGACGGCUCUCGUAAAUCUUUUCACGAAGACAGCGGCGGCGGCGGCGGAUAUUUCUUUGAUAGCGAUACUGCGAACACUUUUCCGGACAAUAAAGGGCCGAAGUUUCACUCAGGCACCGACUCUGUGUCGGGCUCGGACUCUGAGAGGAGAAGCGAGAAGCUGAUUUUUGCACGUUUGUCGACCGACAGCAGCUCUGGUAAGAGAGAUUAUUCCCAGAUCGAUGCACUUCCCCCUGAUCUCAGAAAAAGUUUGACUGCAGAUGAGGAGGGUGAUAUUGUCAGCAGAGGGGUUCCUCCACCCUGCAAAUCUCAUAGAAGUUACCUCUCCCCGCACCCCAUCGACUUUAUUCCCCUGCACUCUGACAAGUGGCCCAGUGUUACCAAAAUUAGACAGAUUUUCGAUGAGGGACAAGGCAAAGCUUUGCAGCAGCAGCAGCAGCACAGGACUGACUUUUGUGAGAGUUUAAAAGCAGCUGGCAGAGGCCAUCAUCUACAUGAGCUCGGGCCUGGUGACAGCGCUCCACUCUCUGAUAGAAGUGACACACUGUCAUUUUGCAUAUCUGUUAAUGAUGCCACUGGCCUGCCUUUAAGUGACAGAAGCAUAGGUGGAGCACAAAGCAGAGAAAACCGCACUGGUAAAGAGGCUGCUAGUUAUGGCGUGGACUUUUAUUCCAAAGCUGACCACCAUCAGUACUCGAACGAUGAAGAAGCUGAUUUAGAGACACAGAGGCGAAAUAACAAAGUGUCUGGCAGAAAUACUUUUCAGAGCGGCAGCAGCAGUAGCGGUCGCAGUCACCACCUUAGGAUUAACUCAUCUCCAUACAGAUCUCGUAGUCCCAGCGUUGAGGCGGAGGCGGCACACAAGACUCCAAGGGCGACAGGAUUGACAUCUGACCCCGGCCCUGACCUUCAACCCCCUGCUACUUCGUCUUGGAGUCCAUCAGCGAGCUUAGACACCUCCUCCUGCUCCUCCUCUCUUCUCCAGGAGAUGAGGAGGGAGAGAAGGGAUAGACAGGGGGUCGGGCUGCCCAGGGAUAGUUUACAUUCCUCACAUAGCUCCUGUAGAGCACCAGCCCCCACCUCCUUCUCCCCCUCCACUGCUUCAGUUCCAGAUAAAGCCAUUACCUCCUCCUCCUCUACUGUAGCUCCCUCCUCUGAGCUAAGAGCCCUAGCUAGAGUUGUUUCUCCCCUCAGCUCCCGCUGGAGGUUCAGCUCUGGAGACGAAGAGGAGGAGCACACUUGGCGACGAAAAGGAGGCGGUUGGAGCGUUCCCUCUGGCCUCUCUCCUUCCAUCUCCAGCAGAGGAGGAGAGAGGGGUCCUACAGAGAGAGGGGGUAGUUAUUUAUCCCGCAGCAAAAAUGGCUGGUGGGGUGCUAAGGGCAUUGGCAGGUCUUCAGGCAGUGAAGAGGACAGUCCUAGUUCUUUAGGCCCCGACUGUCGAGAGGCAGUGCGCCGCCGUUCUCUGAGAAAGAAGAAGAAGGUCGGCGGCUCUGCACUAGCAACGGGCCGCGACGAUUACAAUGAUCAUGAUGGCGAAUCAGAAGACAGUGACAGUGACACGGCCGUGACAAUGGAGCACUUAGAGAGGCACCACCAGCAAAACGCGGGCGGAGAUUUUCCAGCAACGGUUUCUCGGAGCCAUUCGGCGAGAGAGCCCAGCAGCCAUAGAGCCAGGGUGCAGCAAUGGGAGCGCAUCUCCUCACCUGUGACUUCCACGACACUUCCUGGUGUAUCACGAGUGUCAAAGGUCAACAUACCCCCCUUUCUUUCCAGCCCUGGUGAUUCACAUUGCAGCAGCCGAUACUCGAGCACUGAGACACUGAAAGAGGAGGACCAGGCCAGCUGCGGCAACCGUGUAGCAAAUAUGUUUUAUAGUACGGGUGGAGCAGAAGGUAGCACUAGCAGAUCCUCCUCCAUGCUGAGUAAAACUUACCAUGGGAAUUUUACCAUGUAUCGCUCCCCGAGUUUUGGCCAUGGGGAUAACUUCUCCCGUAACCCUGUACGUGUGCGUCCUAAAAUUGUGCCAACAGUUCCCCCUUUACCCAGUGUACUUAGUAGGGCAUCUUCAGCAGUUAGAGGAGGUGAGACCACGGUAUUAAGGAAAACCACGGGAACAGACGGGGUUAAUGAUAAGGAUAAAAACCCAAUUUCCAUGUCCAACCCUGAUAUCGCCUCAGAAACUAUGACGCUCUUGAGCUUUCUGAAAUCUGACCUGUCGGAGCUCAAAGUGCGGAAGACAAGCGGAGGAGACAGAUCUGGGGUUGUGGAGGGGUCAUCGGUGUACAGGAUGGGCUCAGGGGGCCACGGCGGGACCCUUCUAUCAUCAGGUCGUCGGCCAUCACUCAAAGACCUGACCGCCACUCUGCGGCGUGCAAAGUCCUUCACUUACUCAGACAAACCCACACCGGCCGUGAGGUGUUACCUGACAGGCAGCACCACAAAGAGGAGCUCCUCUGAGCAGCAACUUGACUUGGAUGGCGAGAGCAGUGGAGGGGGAGUGGCGUUGUCAGAUAGGGAAGUGGAAAGUGAUGGGGGGGAUUUUAGGGUCGGGAGAGGACAAAGAAUGAAGGAUUACGGAUUUGAUGAUGACGAUGAAGUGAUGCCAACUCCUUUGCAGGAGAGAUAUGUGCAGGAAGCCAGGCAGGUCAUUCAAGACAUCUGCCAAAUGAGUAAGAGGGAUGAUGAUGAUGACGUAGAUGUAAGCAGAAAUGAAGAUGCACAGGGGGGUGAAUGUUUGCAGGUAAAGAAAGCAAAUGAGGAGAAGGAGAAAGAACGAGGGAGUGUGAGGGAUAAGGUAAGGGCAGACCAAGAGCCUGAGUUUGAGAACACAAAAGACAGGGAUAAACAUAUGAGAGAGAGAGAGAACAGGGAGAGUGAGAGGGAUGGACAAAGUAUGCAGCUGGAGAAACUAAACAGUGGGGGCACAGAGUACUGGGAGAAGUCAAAGAAACAGAGCAGAGAGCCGGAGAGAGCCUUGCUGAAGGGUGACUCGGAGGAAAGCAUGUUCUACGACCGCUCUGUGGAUGAACUUUCAGGGCAUGAGUCGAGUUUAACAGAUGAAGGGAUUGUGACAGAGCCAGAGACAGGCCCCGGCGACCUCUCAGAGAGGUCAUUCCAUGGCUCCGCAGGGGUUAACUUGGGGUCAAGAAUCGCUAGGGAUGUGUUAGGGCAGCCUGUCACUGUUUGGAGGCAGUCGGCUCUCCAUGAGGUGGAAGCAUUUAAGCAGGAUGGGGAAAAGAACACAGAGAACAGCUUGAGUUGUUCCAAUCGUCUGAAUGAAGUCGCUGUACCCAGCUCCUUGCCUCAUCCUCCGCUUAAGGCUGAGAGUGGCGGUGUUAACAACGAGCUGAGCGCUACCACUGGCAUCAACAACAUUGACACAGCUAGUGAGGGGACCCACUCCAGCAGCUCUGUGUCACAGGGGUCAGCAGCCACCACAGGAGGAGGAUUCGAAGCCCCUGCGACCCCAAGCUCUGUCCGUCGAAGACGCAAGUUCUCCCCCUCUGGUAACAACAACACAGGCUCUGACUCCAGUAAUGGCAGUAAUGCAGAGUCAACAACAGCAGCUGUAGGAAAUGGGGAGUCUACAGUCUACCGUUCUCUCAGUGACCCCAUGCCUCAGCGGCGCUGUUCUGUGGCAGAAGAAGGCAACAACAAUUUUUCAUCUGUAGACAGCAACCUGUUAGGAUCACUAUCUGUCAAAGGAGUAGGAGGUGCUCCAGAGGCCUCUGCUGUGGCUACAUUAUCAGAAUACAAGGGCAGCGUAGCCAGUGACUUAUCUGUGUACAGCGAUGGCGGACUCCGUGAUGACACCAUUCGUGACUACAGUGGAGUUAUUAGGAACAUUGUAGCUGAACCAGGUGCAAUGGACAGACUGAUGACGGAUGACCAUAACAAUGGCAAAGUCCCCAAGAAGAAGUCAUUCAGUGACCCCAGUCGCCGUAGCGAUGCCCCUUUCCUUUCCCAGAUUGAUCCUCUGACCAAAGGUCAGACCGGCAGCUCUCAACCAAUCAGUGAGCUAGAUCAACCUGCCCAGAUUCCACCGUCCAGUAGUGAGCCAAUCCUAACCGAGCAGAGAGAGGAACUAUGGGAACCAGAAGCUAAGUCCACUCAUGCCUUGCAGAAGCAACUGCUUCAUCACGGAAACAGAGUAAAGAUAGUUCGUUCGCAGUCCGAGUGCACGCCGCCUCCUGAUAAUCACGAUGAUGAGGAAGAUGACGCAAUAGACCAAGGUGAGGAGGAUGAGGUGCAGAAGUUUAACUUUGACCUAAAACUAGCUGGUGUUCUGUCCCCCCGAAUGAUUCGUCGGCCUACCAGAAAGCGUCCAAACAGGUUGGCGUUUAUUCCUCACGAGGAUCCAUUUGAGCCCCCAGAUCUGUGUUCAGAGCGGCAGGACGAUCACAACAUUCAACCUCAGCUCACCUCUCCUCCUCCGCAAAUGCAAACUAAAGCUAAAACCAAAUCCAAACAUGUCCGCCAUGCCAGUGAACCCGCCACCUUCAUCCCCAUUUCCCCACCUCCCCCACUCCAGCCCCUGAAGGAAGCAGACUGCUUCACUGUCCGAUCAAAUGCAGAACCUCCAACUUCGAGCAAGCCCCCAGGGGACGAAGCCCCAUCUCUGGAGCAUGUGACACAGAAAUAUAUUCUCCAGCUAAGCACCACUGAAAGGGACACUGAGGGCCCGGGGCCUCCAUCAGCUGCCAGGGAUGGAGUUCAGGCUUCAGCGUCGGCUUCAGAUCCCGCCGGCGAUCCCAGCGCCAGUGGAGUUACAGAAGCUGGAGCUCAGAAGAAGUGCACAGAGGACUCUGCACCUGUUCCUGCUCCACAGAGGACCAAGCCCAGAGUGGACAUGAGGAAACAUGUGAUGAUGACCCUCCUGGACACAGAGCAGUCAUAUGUGGAGUCCCUACGCACUCUCAUUCAGGGCUACAUGCGUCCUCUCAAACAGCCGGACGGCGGCUCCAUAGUUGACCCUCUGCUGGUGGACGAGAUGUUCUAUCAGAUCCCAGAGAUCCUGGAGCACCACGAGCACUUCCUGGAUCAGGUCUCCGGCUGCGUCAGCCAAUGGCACGACAGGCAGACCAUUGGACACAUCCUCAUCCAAUCGUUCUCCAAGGAGGCUCUUGCUAACAUGUACUCGGCCUACAUUGACAACUUUCUCAACGCCAAAGAUGCCGUGAGGAUCGCCAAGGAGGCCAAGCCAGCGUUCCACAAGUUCCUGGAGCAAAACAUGCGUGAGAACAAGGAGAAGCAGGCUCUGGGCGACCUGAUGAUUAAACCUGUGCAGAGGAUUCCUCGAUACGAGCUGCUGGUUAAGGACUUGCUGAAGCACACUCCAGAGGAUCACCCGGACUACUCGUUCCUGCUGGACGCCCAGCGUGACAUCAAGCGUCUGGCGGAGAAGAUCAAUAAGGGACGUCGCUCUGCUGAGGAGGCGGAGAGGGAGGCCAGGGUGAUCCAGGAGAUUGAGGCGCACAUAGAGGGAGUCGAACAUAUCCUGAACCCCCAGAGGAAGUUCUUGAGACAGGAAAUGGUCAUGGAGGCGAAGUCAGUGGGCGGAAAGAAGGACCGUUCACUCUUCCUCUUCAGUGAUCUGAUCAUCUGCACCACUCUCAAGAGGAAGUCUGGCUCAUUAAGGCGCAGCUCCAUGAGUCUAUACUCCGCUGCGAGUGUGAUUGAUACUUCCAGUAAAUACAAGUUCCUGUGGAAACUUCCUCUGGAGGACGUGGAAGUGGUGAAAAGCUCCGCUCAGACCACAAACAAGGAGAGCAUCCAGAAGACGAUAGGCCGUUUAGAUGAGGAUCUCAGCACCCUGGGGCAGAUCAGCAAACUGUCUGAGACCCUCAGCUUCCCACACCAGUCCCUGGAUGAGGUCAUUAAGGACCUGAUGGCGUCAGUGCACAGGGAGCUGUCUGACAAACAGUCCCUGGCCUUCAGUAUGACCUUCCUGCCAACAAAGCUGGAGUUCACCACGGCCUCCGCCGAGAGCAGCUUCAUCUUUGAGUUCUCCUCUCCCGACGCUCGCUCCGGCUUCGAACAAGCCUUCGAGGAUGCCAAGAAGAAGUUAGCCAUGAAUAAGGACCAGUGGGACCCGGAGUUCCUGAAGGCUAUUCCCAUUAUGAAGACACGCAGUGGAAUGCAGUUUUCGUGUGCGUCUCCCAGCCACAGCUGUCCCGACAGCGGCUGUGAAGUGUGGGUGUGUAACAGUGACGGAUACGUCGGACAGGUUUGUCUGCUGAACAUCAAGGAUGAGCCCACAGUGGAGGCCUGCAUCGCUGUCUGCUCAGCCAGGAUCAUAUGUAUCGCUGCCGUACCAGGACUGAAGGGAAGGGAGCGUGGGUCAGAGCCGGCCGUCGCCAUCACCUCCGGAGCAGCGGGUCACGGUCAGCAGCAGCUCCACAUAUCUAUCUCUCAAACAACUCUAGAGCUGACGGAGCAGCCUACAGGACCGGGGGCCGAGCUUGUUCCAUUUGACAGCGAUGACACCGAUGACGAAGAUUCACCCAGUCCCUCUUCCACUCUGCAGAGUCAGGCCAGUCACUCCACCAUAUCAUCCAGCUACGGCAACGACGAGGGUCCGGGCUCCAAGGACAUGGCCACGGAGACCACCAGCAGCGAGGAAGAGCAGGAGUUCCCCGUGGCGAGCUCCUACGGAGCUCAGGGGAUGUUGGGGGUCGGCGGAGGAAGCCGGGCUAACGCAGAGAGCCCCAUGGACGGGCGCGCCAUGCGCCGAUCCUCUCGGGGGUCUUUCACCAGGGCGAGCCUGGAGGAUCUGCUCAGCAUCGACCCGGAGGCCUAUCAGAGCUCCGUGUGGCUGGGCACGGAGGAUGGAUGCAUCCAUGUGUACCAGUCCUCGGACAACAUCCGCAAUCGCAAGAACAGCAUGAAGAUGCAACACUCGGCCUCCAUCCUCUGCAUCCUGUAUUUGGACAACAAAGUGUUUGUGUCCUUGGCAAACGGAGAGGUGAUUGUGUAUCAGAGAGAAGCAGGUAGUUUCUGGGACCCUCAGUCUUCUCAGACGUUAGUCCUGGGUUCACCCACUAAUCCUGUCACUAAAAUGGUUCCAGUGGGGGGGAAGCUCUGGUGUGGAUCCCAGAACAGGGUCCUGAUCAUCAACACGACUACCCUGGCACAAGAGCACUGGUUCCAGGUGGGCACAGACAGCAGCCGGUGCGUGACGUGCAUGGUGGCGUACGGUCAGGGCGUGUGGCUGGCGUUGCAGGGCAGUGCUCAGGUCAAACUGUACCACGCUCAGACCUGGGAGAGCCUGACGGAGGUGGACGUGGCUCCGGCUGUGCACAAGAUGCUUGCAGGCGCUGAUGCGAUCAUCCGACAGCACAAGGCUGCCUGUCUGAGGAUCACAGCCCUGCUGGCCUGUAAGGAUCUGCUGUGGAUCGGCACCAGCGCAGGAGUCGUCCUGACGCUGGCGAUCCCAGCAGUGAGCUCAGGAACCGUGGCCGGGACGCUGAAAUCCCCCCUGGUGCCGAUGGGCUCGGCUCACGGACACACGGGCCACGUUCGGUUCCUGACAUCGAUCGAACUACCAGAAGGGUUUGACAUGAACUUCCCUCCCACAUCAACGGACUCUACAGGUAACCAGUCCCAGAGCAGCAGCACAGUUGAAGGAAGCCUCCAAAGGCACGACUCGGCGCGCCGCAGAGCUUCCGCCCACAUCCCUCCAAAAACCAACCACCUCGUCAUUUCCGGCGGCGAUGGCUACGAGGACUUCAGGCUGACCAGUAGCAGUGAGACGGUUGGACGGGACGACAGCACCAACCACCUUUUGCUUUGGAGGGUCUGAGGCUCGCCCCAAAACCCGUCUAGAAACUGAGACCGGCGCAUAAGAUCCCCCCUAACCCCGCCGGACUCCUCACUUUUUCGGUGUCGUCGUUUCGGUUUUCUGCUCGGUCCACCGGUCUCUAUGUGCAUAAAGUGGCUGUCGGCUCCCUCCUCGGACCUACUGCUGAGUACGACCCUGUUUUCCUGUGUCAGCGUUUCUGAUGCCGUGCUUGUCUGUGGGUGUGUAUUUCAUUUGCCGUCAUCUGCGGUUUAAAAAAAAUAAAUUAAUAAUUACUAAAAGUCUUUAAACACAAGUCUUGACUGAAAAAAAAAGAAGACAGCGAAGGGGAAAAUUCAACUUCGAGGCGUGUCUUCAGACUGCUGUGGACUUUUCUGCGAGAGUGUCGUUGCACAGGAAAAUGGAAGAGGACGUUUAAAGUGAACCUUAAGCAUGUGCUUGUCCUUUGAAACUCUUGAGUUGUUUGGACACUUUACUCCAUUGUCGCUUCAUCUUCAGAAGAAAAAAAAAAGAAAAAGGAUGAUCGGAGGUAUAUAUCUUGACAAAACGUAUGAAUAUUUAUGAGCGGCAACUAUGAGAAACCUACCAACAGAUUGUAGUUUGAGGUGUUUUGUGAAUGACGGGUGUUUUUCGGCUAGAGUCCACGGUUAUUGGAGUAAUUUAUCAGACAGAUAAGUGUUAUAUUCCGCCUUAAACCAGAUCUGAGAUCAGAUCUUUCCGGCUCCAGUAGGGAUGAAAUCAUAUCAAUCCCCCAAUCGCUGAUCAUAGGUGUGAGACCGCUGACGUCACCUUUCAUCCUACUGAAGUGGCAUCAUGUAAUGUUAAGUGCAAUAUGUGGCAAGGGUAUCUAACAAGACAGUAAAUAUAAUCCCGUACAUGAAUGCACGGCCAUCACUCGCUCAGUUAGAAGACAUUUGUGAAAAACGUGAAGCGGCGUCCCCACUCCUGGUAGAGGGAAAGGAAAAAAAAGUGCAUUGGAGACAUUCCUCCUCAACGCAACUAUGCCAAAGCCUUGUGUGUGUUCAUGUUUUGACGUUUCUUUUGCCAUGAAUGAUUUAUUUUUUUUUUUCUCUAAACGUUUCGUCACGAGGGACAGGGAUACUCUUUAAAGAUGACGCUUAGGCUGCGGUAGCACAUAAAGAUAGUAAUGUACAGUAUUUAUGGUUUUGAUUUUAGCGCCUUCUUUUACAGCACUUAAUUUAUAGAAGAUGUAGCUUUCACUUUUUCUUUUCCUUUUUUUCUCGAAGUGAAGAACGAGGAGGACAGAAUAGGCUUGAAUAGAUGAUGAACGGGCGUAAGGGCGUACGGGCACUAGAGGUGCAAGGACGCGCUUCACUCGGUACGACGCACAGGGCAGCUGGGUGACUCUUUCAUGUGGAGGGACAAGAUCAGAGAGGGAAUAAAAAGGAAGUCGCUGCACGAUGUCCCAGACUGCAAACAGACCCAAAUGUCAAAUCAAUCCCACGACUCUAAGCUCACGGACUGACGGAGAACACGUUCACGUGCCAAAUGCUACAAUCUGAUAAUAUUUGAUCCUUUUUUUCUCCCAGCUUUUAUUUUAGAGAAAACACAGCACUGUGAGGUAUCGUUACUUCCCUGACUGCACAAACCUAUUGCCAUAGUUGUUGUUGUUGUUGUUGGAGAACAGGAUUCAUGUAGCUUGCGAGACAAGGGAGCGCACAAGAUGUAUGUCAGGAGGGUAAACGCUGAGCAACUGCACGUGCCUUCAGAAGGCUAAACGUUAAGCCAUUUUCCUCAUAAAGUCAGCUGGUAGCUACGGCAGAUGUCUGUGGAAGUGAAGGUUCACCUGUCCUUGCACACACACACACACAAACACACACAAGUUAGCCUCAGGCUUUGGGGUUAAGCAGCGAUUGUCUCUGAUCCCUCCGAGCCUAGAAAACCUCAUUGCACCUUAGCAGCCAUCUGGGCACUUCACCUCAGCUUUCCCCACUUCCAAAUGCUAUCCACAUCUCCCAGUGCGAGAGAGGGGGCUAACCGUUAAGAGGAUUAGCCUGCCACCGCGAUAGCCGCUAACUAGCGAGCGAGCAUCCGUAAGUGGGAAAGUGUGUGCACCUUCAUUAAGUGCUCAGCUAUUCAUAUAUAUAUAGAAAUAAGUUGCUUCUUUGUGGUUUUCUUCCCAAGUACACUCUCCUUUAGUGUCCUGCAACAUUAAAGUAGCAGUGUGUCUUUUUCAUUAUUUUUGCAUGAUUCACAACAUGUGUCCUCCGUGCAAAGAGCUGCCAAGAUACCCUUAACAAAAAUAAAUUGCUGUAUGUUUAUGCUGGCUGUACAGGAACAGAUGCAGAGUCAGUGCGUUAGUGCUCCAGAUCUGGCGGCCCUCGACGGUGAGUCCUCUGUUCGCCAUGUGUUUUCAUGCUCUGGUGUAAAACAUGAUUACUUGGUGUCCUUUGCCAAAACAAAAAAAAAUAGAAAAGAAGAAGAAGUUCAGCCGCUUAGUUCAAGGAUGCGAGUGUAGUUGGAGUCGGUUGCUUUGAAUUCAACUCGUUCAGAAUGUUAGAUUUUCUUUUGCCUUAAUGUUUUUUUUUUCUUCUCACUAGUCGUGCAGGUAGUUGAAGAAUUACCUUUUCAGCAGGGCCAGUUCACGUUAGUUUUGAACCCACUAAAACUGAACUAUUACACUUAAAUAUGGCCUGAAAGUGAUUAAAAGACUGAAGCAUGCUGUAAUCAUUCUUUUUUAUUUUUUGCCAUCAUAUUCAAACUCAUCCUUUCAUCACUGUAACCCCCGGCAACCCGUACGUAACCUCCUCAUGCCCGUACGUGAUCUAGGUCUUUAUUGUUGUAAAUAUUGGUACAUAUUGCCUUUUUUGUCUGUAAAUAGUGCACCCACGGUCCUCAAUUGUUGAUAUGAAUCUAAUGGCAUAUUUUUAUAUAUUUGUGUAAGGUUUGUUCGUAUUCCCCCCCCCCCUCCCCUUUGGCAUGCGCCGUCGGUCACGUUUAAAUUAUAACCGUCGUAGAAGGCAACGUGGCCUCUGUUGUCCCCCCCCCCCCCACCUCCGUGCGACUGACGAGACUUACCUGUGUUAGCUGUGUUAGCUGCAGGGCGUGGUGUUUGCCUUGUUACGGACGUCCACGGGAAAGAAGAAGAAGACAAAACAAAAUAACAUGGCGUUUGUUUUUCUUUUUUUUUUGUUGUUUUUUUUUUUGCGUUGCGUUGCGGCCUCGUCAUAACUCUGUUUUUAGUCUCUGACUCCGGUUAGCAUCUUGCAGUUGUCAUGGUUACAGUCUAUGAGAGUAACUUCAUGUAUGUAGCUGUUCUUGUUUUGUCACUGUGGGUUCCUCUUUGUAAUUAAAACAGUUCACUGGU